AUGGUUGAAAGCAAUAACAGCUCCCAAGAAACUUUCAUUCUGCUGGGCUUCUCUUCCCACCCCCACGUGGAGAGCAUCCUCUUCGUUGUCAUCCUGCUGGCCUAUCUCCUGACCUUGCUGGGCAACACCACCAUCAUCCUGGUGUCCCGGCUGGACCCCCACCUCCACACCCCCAUGUACUACUUCCUCACCCACCUGUCCUUCCUGGACCUCAGCUUCACAACCAGCUCCAUCCCUCAGCUGCUCUACAACCUGCAUGGCCCAGACAAGACCAUCAGCUUUGCAGGCUGUGCCCUCCAGCUCUUCCUGUUCCAGGCUCUGGGAGGUGUAGAGUGCCUGCUCCUAGCUGCCAUGGCCUAUGAUCGGCUCGUGGCCAUCUGCAAGCCUCUGCACUACAUGGUGAUCAUGGGCCCCAGGCUCUGCCUGCGCCUGGUCUUAAUGGUCUGGGGCUGUGGGGUGGCCAACUCCCUGGCCAUGUCUCCAGUGACCCUGCUUCUGCCGCGCUGUGGGCACCGCCAUGUGGACCACUACCUGUGUGAGAUGCCAGCCCUGAUCCGCAUGGCUUGCAUCAACACGGUGCCCAUAGAAGGUGCUGUGUUUGUCCUGGCUGUGGGCAUUGUGCUGUCACCCUUGCUUUUCAUUCUGGUCUCCUAUGGCUGCAUUGUGAGGGCUGUGAUGCAGAUGCGGUCAGCAUCAGGAAAGCAAAAGGCCUUCAACACAUGUGGCUCUCACCUCACAGUGGUGUCGCUCUUCUACGGAAACAUCAUCUACAUGUACAUGCAACCGGGGAACAGCUCCUCUCAGGACCAGGGCAAGUUCCUCACCCUCUUCUAUAACAUUGUCACCCCGCUCCUGAACCCCCUCAUCUACACCCUCAGGAACAAAGAGGUGAAGGGGGCGUUGAGGAGGCUAACUCUGGCAAAUCUAAAGAAAUAA